AUACCCAACUAGUAAAUCGCAAUGACUAAUGUUACAACUAUCAAAGAUACUCGUAUUAAAGUGAAAAUACCCCAUAAGCUGUUGAAGACAUUGGAAGAUAACCGUCACCACAUCCAUGAAAUACCGGAAGAAUUAGCUAAAGCUUUGCAACAAGCAGGCUUCCAAUUACCUUCCGAAGUGGAAAUAAUAAAAAAUGGUUGUAAGACAGAGUCUCCUAGAAUUGAUUUAAAGCUAUUAAAAGGCAUACUUUCAAUGGACAAUGAUAUUCUUAAGGAAGCACAAAAUGAUGCAUCUAAGGCCUUAGACGAAGUGAAAGAAGAAAUCAAAUCGGAAGAUAAUGCUCCAAAUACGGAAUUAUAUCUGCAUUUAAAUGAAUUGCACUAUUUAAGAUAUCUUCUCGAGCAUUUACGUAAAGAAGCAGGUACCUCAUUACAUUUAAACCAUCUUUUAGAAACGUCUUCAUUGGAGUUACCUCAAAAUGAGGUUAUAGAACGGAAUCCCAUUUUAGAAGCUCGUUGUCAACGUCUAAGAAAAGAGCAAGAAAAUCGGGAGUACGCUAAAAUGACCAAAAAUGUAGAUUCCACUUAUAAGCAUUAUCCCGAAGAUACUAUCGCCUAUCAGAUUAAAGCAUUGAAUAGUCAAAUAAUAGCUGUGCUGCAGUUUGUCUUCUCGGUAGCUGCAGGUUUUGUUUUCGGUUUUCUUGGCAUUGAAUUAAUUAUAGGGAACUUAGACUUUGGCUUACGUCUAUUAUUGGGCAUAAUGUUCGCUUUAAUUAUCGCUUUGGCUGAAAUCUAUUUCCUGGCUAAGAAACUUAAUGAAUAUGACGAUACAACCGAACUUUUUAAUAGAGCGCCGCCCUCGAUGGCAACAACACCAACAAAAACAAAUAAAGUGCAUACAGAUUAGGCGAAUAUAUUUAACAAUUAAGUGUUGUGUUCAUUGUUCAUAUAUUAUACUUAUAAGAAAAUAAUCACAUAAAUAUUCAAUAUUCGUUUAUUCCCAA